UCGGAAUGCGCUGUUAAGCGUUGUAUAUGUUUUUUUGAUAUUGCGUGCACGUUUUGGUUUGCAAAUAUAUUUAAUUGAAUGAAACCAAGCGUUGAUGAGGAGAAUGUUAACCCUGAUUCUGAGCAAGAAGCGGUGUUUAUGCGUAGACGUACAUUGGUAGGUCCAUGGAAGUACAAUGAGGAAUUUAAUAAAGUUUAUAAUUGGAUAUUCGGCGAGAGACAUGAUAAUUCCACACAUAUGCUUGCCAAUGCGGAACUUGACGUAUGGAUGAACCGUAGAGGCUAUUUAUGUCCGGCUGGUAUUACAGCAACUAAAGCAAUACUGGAUGCAAUAAUUAAAGACCGUAAAGAGGUGUACAGCGAAAAUGACAUAAAAAUAUUUUACGCAUUUGGGAUAACAAGGUUUGUUAACCACAUGUUGUCCACUCAACUUAACCAAAAUAUGCGCAGCAUGUAUGAUGUGGCGCGAGAAAUUAACCUCUGGACAUUGGUGAUCGAUGUUAGACACAUUUGCGCACAUGAAAUCGUACUACCAGAAUUGAAAAUGUUACGCGAAGUUUCUGUAUAUUGUUUAGAGUGGUUGAGAGAGCACUAUUGGUGUCCUUUAAGAGAUACCAUGUUGGAGUUAAAAGGUUGUCUAAAGCGUACUCGCGAAAAAUUAACAUGCGAAAAAACUGUCCACGCGUUGUUUGUCAUAUACGAUGCAGCGUUUGAGUGUAUAGUUAAAGGUGGACAAAAGCUGAAGCAAGCCAAGCGUUAUUUGUACAAAGACAAGGAAAAAUUGACACUUAUUAGCGAUUACUCUAAAAGGAUUAAAUCUAAGGAAUUGCGUAAAAUACUGAAUUCUGUGGUGAGUGAACUGAAUAGCAUCGGACAACGUGAGAUUCUCAGCGAUGGUUACGCAGCACUGAAUUGUGAAGGUUUUUUCAAAAUGACAAGGUUUCUUACAGUCACGCAAUACUACAAAGCUGAACAGAAUCUGGAAACUAUUGUUCCACUAACUCAGAGUCUAUUUCGCUUUAUGGCUAAUUACGGCAUCCUUAGAAAAGUUUUUGAUCGCUUAGUCAGCAGUGCUGAAAAACACGAAGAAGGCAAACAAUACUAUCGUUCCGCAAUAUUCUGGGCGAAACUUAUACUUAAUGGUUUCAUUGCCUAUACAAAGUGUCAAAGAAUGUACCAGGAAGAAUUCAGUAAGAACUCAAAAUUGAAAUCGAUUGACUUCACCGUUAUAAAUACUGGAGUAUUACCAAACCGUAUAAAAAAGUUCCUACUCUAUAGCAACGUCGACUUGGAUUGUACACUCGUAUUUGGCAAUUCGAAAUAUUCGCCAAAACAGUUCUUGUUUUCACAAGACUAUGGCAGAACAAGGCUCGAGCGCGUGAACUUAGACACGGCGCCAAUACUGCUUGGCUUGUUAAAUUUGUUUGAUCCGGAGUUAGAAGAAGAAAAACGUCAACAACUAAAAUCAUUGAUGAACAAUCUAAUGGGCCAAACGUUAAAUGAACAAACCAUAGAAGAUGAUUAUGUACCGAAAACUUUAACGGAUCUUUAUAGUAUGAGCAGCUCUGAUGACAAUAUAAGUGGCAGUUAUGACUUUGACGACACUGACUCUGGAAAUGCUAGUGAUCAGGAUGUUGACACCAAUGCUUCCAUUGGAAUUGAUACCGCAAAGGAUGUACAAUUUCAAGACACCGCUUCUGACUUAAAUUCCACUUUAAAUGCUAACAGAAGCGAUGAUGUUACUGGUGCUAGCAUUAGAGUCGGUGAAGGAGUAUUUGAAGAAUGCGAAUUUGACUGGUCUGAGUCUGCAUUGGGCCAUCUACCUUAUCAAUAAUGGUUUGGCUGGAACUUCUGUAAAUAUUGUUUAAUAAAUUCAAAACUUUGUUUUUAUCGUGCAUUGCAAUAUAUACAAUAGGGGUACUCAUCUAAACUGAUAAAUGCUUUAUAAUCCUUAUAAACGUAUAAAUUUAUCUGCUUGGUAAAUGAAGUGUCAAAUUUUGUAUGAAAAACAGUUUACACAAACUGAAUAAAUUUACACGAAAACUUUACCGUAUAAAUUUACUUGUUGUCAAUACAGAUUUGCAUUGCAAUACACGCAAAUCAUUUACAAAAAUAUCUUUGUAAAUACUUUUUAGUUUGUACUUUUAUCUGCUUGGUAAAUGAAGUGUCAAAUUUUGUAUGAAAAAUAGUUUACACAAACUAGAUAAAUUUACACGAAAACUUUACCGCAUAAAUUUAUUUGUUGUCAAUACAGAUUUGCAUUGCAAUACACGCAAAUCAUUUACAGACAUAUCUUUGUAAAUACUUUUUAGUUUGAACUUGUGGCUCAAUUCCGUUAUUUUAUAUUAUAAUUUAAUAAGUUUACACAAAUAUUUAAAAUUGCAACGAUAUUGGCUAAAAAAUUGCGCUGCUGAGCAUGGCAUUUUGUGCUAUCAUAAUAAUUGAAGAUAUAAAUAGUGCUAUUAUACAGCAGAUUGAUUAAUUUACAAAAAUAUUUUACUUAGUGCGUUCAUGUGACCGUGUACGUAAACGCAUCUAAUUAUACAUUUGAUAAAUUUAUAUGCUUAGAUGAGUACCCCUAAU